CUCAGGUCUGCUGGCGGUUGUCCUUCUCGCGGGUGCGUGCAGCGCUGUCCUUCGAAGCUGCGCGUUUGCGGGUGCGGGCGGCCCGCGGCUCCGCGCUCAGCGGCGGUCGCCCUUCGUGCUGCUCCAGGCGACGGCCACGGAGGAGACUAUGGCGAAGAUCGCGGACGUUGUCUCGGAGCAGCUCGGGGUGGACAAGUCGAAAGUGGUGGGUGCCGCGACACUGUCGGAGUUGGGCGCCGACUCACUCGACAUCGUGGAGACGGUGAUGGCCCUGGAGGAGAGCUUCGACAUCGAGCUCCCGGACGAGGAGACGACUCAGCUGAAGAAUCUGCAGGACGUGGGCGACCUCAUCCAGAGCAAGCUCUGA